CUCUCUUUGACACACUUAUCUACCUGCGUUAUCAGUAAGCCGCUACCUAAGCACACCCUCUUCCCCUGAUCACGGUGAAUCCAUGUUCAAAGCGUGGACAACCGUCGUAUCUCGUUGCAUUGUCCUCAAGUAGUAUCGCAUGUGAUACCAGCGAGGAGCUCUAUAUUUAUUUAUCUACCAAGCUCGUCUUUCUCCUUUGUAUGCUGGAGAUCGGGAAGUAUCUGAACACAGUCAAAUCGUAUCAAAGAUUAACUAAUCCUUAAUAUUAUAAUUGCGCUCGAACAAGUUACAGAAGUAAAACAAAGGCACCAAUGUCCACCGAUGCUUAAUCUUCGAUUUGAAGCUCCCCAUUUAUAUAUUUUGUACAAAUGAUUUGGAAAUAAGUGCUCGUGUCCUCGGGACAUGAUCUCCAAUAUUUAUUGCACUCAAAUGUACUUUACAUAUGUCUUACCUUACGUCAUAUUUUUUCUGUCUUAAAUAGAAAAAAGUGUAGCAUAUAAUUACAAACGAAAUGAUCGGAUAAUCAUAUUUUGUUCGUGCAGUCUGUUACUAUGUGGCUGAACAGAUCGUAAAUAUAUUCUUUCUUUAGUCCAAAGAAAGAUCUGAUACAUACAUAUGGGAAGAAGAGGCAGUCUUUGAAAGAACUACGAAGCACUUUGGCCACUAAGCUAAUUUCAGUAUAUAAUUCAAUAUACAAGUUUAUGCCUUCGUAAUCUUUAUUGCCACCAUUAUUAAUAUUGCUCCAAAAUUGAUAUCCGUUUCCUUUGUGUUUACUUCCACUUGUGUUUACUGUUCAAUAAUUGACAUGUACGAUAUAUUAUAAUUUUCUAUUUGAUAUAAGACAUUGCUCUCUCAUUGUCCAUUGCUGGAUGCAAAGGAUGUAAUACGUUUGUCUUUUUCUAAUAGCCAACCUGGCUUCGGGAUAAUACGUGUCAAGUAUCCGGCGUACCUGUAGUUGAGGAGGAAAAGGACAUAUUGUUACGCGGCGCGUUGUUAUUUUUCAUUAUAUUAUCAACGACAUGUAUACGCCGAGCGCACGAAGCGACCAAGUGUCGCACGCAUCGAUCAAUUACCGUGUGAUUACGCUCUUUAAAGUGAUUAUGCUGAAAUAAUCAGCCGAUAUCGCCGGAAACGAUAUGAUAAAGCUGUGAUAUGCAGCGAGUCGAAGGAUAUCACGUCGCAAUAUCAUAGGGAGGAUCGCGAAGUCGAAUGUAUGAACAGUCGCCAGCUGUUCGGUCGGUUGUUAGGUUAGGGCGAUUCCGGAGUUAGCUCGAAGUGAUUAUAGGCUAGAUCCGCGAGGGGAGGGGGAUCAGUACAGGAGCAGUGGCAAUGCGGAGGUUUGAUUUCUCGGCUGAAUUGUCAAACGAUGUGAACGGAUCGCGCGAGCUAUUGACAGCGUGUCGCGGGGAAUCCACGCGAAAUAUGUGAUUGUCGGAGAUCUCGCCGAGCAGCCGCUGGCCAAACGGCUGUGACCGUAAGACAGACACGAGAGAUACGAGAGAAGGAAGCGAAACUCCGUCCGUGGCACGACGAAGCGGAACGCUUCGGGACGGCCAAUAGUCGCUUGGGAGCUUCCGAUAUGCAUAAUAAUCCCGCGUCGCGAACGAGUCCGCGCGAAUAGUGCGAAAAUCGCGGACGAGUGUACGAGAAACGCUUAAUCAACGCCGACGAAAAAUCUCGCGAGUUCGUGGAAUUCUGACGUGACGUCACGCCGUCGAGUGUGACCGUCGUGGCGCGACCAAGUCAAGGCCGUGCGGAUCCACUUUGUCAAUGGAUUCGGAAAACGUAUAACACGACGGUGGUGUACUGAUGGUAUAUUGAUGUUACCGAUCUGAACGGUUACCCGGUUUUGUCAUGAGAGGCGAGUCUGUCACGGCGAGAAAGGGAAACGUUUCUGCCGACGCGGCACACAAUGGGAUGCAUGCCACUGUCUCGGUUUCCCUGAGUCCGUAUUUGUCAGCGAUAUAGUUACCGUGUGAACCGCUUCCUCCUGCAGAUCUCUCACAACUUGCCAAAAAUCCAAUAACGCGUUGAUCUGGCGCCGUACACCGGAACGAUAAUAUUGAGAGCAUUACGCACGAAAUUAACUAUAUCAUGUGAUUGGAUGAUCACCGAGAUGCUUCUGACACAUUGUCAAGUGUGUACGUUGAGAUCGCUGUUGGAUAGAUUUUAGAAGGAUGCAGCGGAAAGAGACGAGUUAGCUUGAGCUUUGCACUGCCAUAAUAAAGUUCAAACACUGAUAAUCGAUUGCCAGGAAAAUGAAAAUCAUGCCGUGCUCUCUCGUAAUGUAAUUUAAAAAUAAGGAGGCACAUGACAACGUAGUGACUCGCUGUAUCUUACGAUUAAUUCAUAUUUCUUAUUAAAACUCACUUAAGACAGUGUGCGUGUAUAUAGAUCAUGUCUGCGGAAAUUGUAACGAUUAUACACGUAUAUGUGAAGAUGUGAAAAAACCAAUGAAUCCGGUGGAAUCGUCGUGAAUCAUCGAUAUGAGAUCAAUGUUUGGACGUUGUCUGGUUUCAGUCUGCAUGAGAAACGAACAUACAAUGUAGAGAGACAUGUGGUUUUGUUACAACAGCUUCAUUUUGUAACGCAAAUCAUAGUAUCAGCAAGCAAAAAUGAUAAUCACAUCAGCGACAGAAUGAUGAAGAAGUCAUUUGUAAAAUAAUUAAGAUAAAAUAGCGCAGAGUACACAUACAUAGUGUAUAUGCAUUUCAAUUGCAGUAUAGUAGCCGGUAUUAUUUUGAACAUUGAGAGAGCUAUGAGAAAACAUGUGAACUUGAUGGUCAAAACGAGCAAACUGAGAAUAACAUCGAAGGACAGACGGGAAUUUAGUUCAAAACUGUGGAAACGGUGUACUAAUAUGGCAUUAAGAGAAGAUCGUCUAUUUUUUUAUCACACACACGUGAAUAGAUUAACGACGAGGGUAUCAAUUAAACUGUGAAUAUGAAAAGAAGUAUACAUAGCAACAUUUCUUAGGGGUCAUGCCCCCUGGGGCAAAUGGCGGAACAGAGGGCUUGGGCCCGUCUUGUUCUGAGAUACAUAACAAUCAAGAUCACGCUGUAGCUAAACUCACACCUCCUGUUAGAUUUGUUCAACAAUGCUACAAGCAUCUCAAGAGUUCCGGCAUCGGCGAGGCGAGUGUGUACCAUGCAUUGGUUGUAAUAUUUUUGGAAUUUUUUGCGUGGGGACUAUUAACCAUGCCUAUUAUUUCGGUGUUGAAUGAAACGUUCCCGGAUCACACGUUCCUGAUGAAUGGCUUAAUAAUGGGAAUUAAAGGGAUCUUAUCUUUUCUUUCCGCGCCACUGAUCGGUGCUCUCUCUGAUGUGUGGGGUCGAAAAUUCUUUCUAUUUAUCACAGUGGCCUUUACGUGUGCACCGAUCCCCCUAAUGAGCUUUAACACAUGGUGGUUUUUCGCCAUGAUAUCCAUCAGUGGUGUAUUCGCAUGCACGUUCUCAGUGGUGUUUGCGUAUGUCGCGGACGUGACGGAGGAACAUCAAAGAUCGCCGGCGUAUGGCUUGGUAUCGGCAACCUUUGCUGCAAGCAUGGUGAUAAGUCCAGCUUUGGGUGCUUAUAUUAUGACGAUAUACGGACAAAAUCUUACCGUAGCAUUAGCAACUGCUAUUGCAAUCCUGGAUGUGCUUUUCAUACUAGUGGCCGUACCUGAAAGUUUGCCUGAAAAAGCACGCCCGCCAGCACCUAUAUCGUGGGAGCAAGCUGACCCAUUCGCAGCUCUUGGAAAGGUUGGAAAAGAUCAUACUAUUUUAAUGUUAUGUGUCACCGUGUUCCUGAGCUACCUUCCUGAAGCGGGACAGUAUAGUUGUAUAUUUGUUUACUUAAAACUGGCUAUGGGCUUUUCUGUUAUCAUGGUGGCUAUAUUUAUUGCUGUGGUGGGCAUCCUGAGUGUGGGAGCACAGAUUGUAUUAGGACCCUUGAUGAGAGCACUUGGCGGCAAACACACCAUAAUGCUUGGUCUGCUGUUCGAGAUGCUACAGCUCAUGUGGUAUGGAUUCGGCUCACAAACAUGGAUGAUGUGGGCUGCUGGAGUGCUUGCUUCUGUGUCGAGCAUCACGUACCCCGCAAUCUCUGCAUUUGUAUCCAUGCAUUCUGAUGCCGAUAAGCAGGGAUUAGUACAAGGUAUGGUAACGGGGAUGCGUGGUCUCUGCAAUGGACUUGGCCCUGCCAUGUUCGGUGUCAUAUUCUACCUUUUUCACGUGGAUCUUAACGAUGACACGCCCAACCUGCCCCUGAAACCAUCUUUAGUGGAGGAUAACAACAGGACGGGAACUAGUACUCAUCUUGAUAUAAUGCCUCAGCUUGUACCGGGGCCGCCAUUCGUGUUUGGUGCGUUACUCGUGAUCUGUGCUCUAUUGGUGGCCGCGUUUAUUCCCGAAUCAAAUACGAUGUCAACAGGAUCGUUGCAUCAUCCAUCCACUUCCCGGAGGCCCUCCGGUAAAUACGCAUAUCAGAAAUGUUUAUCUUUGGAUGUUCAAUACGAGGCAGACCGAGUGGGAAGUGGAAGAGGAAAGAUCGGUCCGCUAUCACCACUAGUCGACAAUUGUAAUUCUGCCGCGCUAUAGUGUCCGUUCGAAAAGUAAGGCAUGCCAUAUAGCACACAAUGAGGAACGUUCUAAUCGUGAGCGAGAAAGACCUUACUUUCAAUCGGAGCUCAGAGGUCGUCGUUAUGAAGUGCACCUGACUCGAUGGGGACUGUAAUAGAGAGUUGUCCAUAUUGUAUUAUACUAUUUCUUUAAGGCAGUAACUAAGCUUGAUUUUAGGACUAUCAAUGAACUUAAUAUUUAGGUUGUGACAAAUUUCCACAAGCUGAGCUUGUGCGACAUAUACGUGGGUUGAUCUCAAAGUCGAGUUAUAAUCGCACGAUCGAUGCAUCGCGUAACCGAUGUGGUUAUGUUAACGAAAACAAAAGAUAACAAAAAUAAGGCGAAACGUUAUUAUAAAUUUA